CUGGCCGGGCCGUGUGGCGGCGAGCGCUCGGGAGGCCGGCGAGGUCGCGUUUGGUCGUGGCCCUCGGAGGAAGGCCCGUCUCUGGCCGCUGCCGACCUGUGGGACCUUCUCGGCCCGCGCCUCGCGUGUUUGUAGGUAGAUUGCCUCGGACGAUGGUCUGCGUCUGACAGUCCCCUCGGCUCAGCUGUCAGCUCUCCCUGCUCCUCUGCACCUGGUUCGGGUCAGCCACAUCCCACCAGCCGAUCCCUGACAAGCCCAUUGUGCCGUGCCAGCCUCUUCUGUCUGCACCUGCCCUCCUGUGCCAGCUCUCUGCUCCCUUGUGCUCCCAGCAUGUCUCACGGCCAGCCCCAGCGGCAAGGCCCUCCUAUUCCCAUCCAGGCAGCAGCCAAUUACGCCAACGCACACCCUUGGGAGCAGAUGGACCCAGCCUCUGGUGCGGUGGCGUAUGCCCCCAUGGUGGAUCCCUGGAUUGAGAGGCCCUGCUGCGGGGACCCGGUUUGCGUGCGCACCACCAUGGAGCAGAAGAGCCCCGACAGCAGCGCCCCUGACCAGAAGCCCCCAGAGAGAGUGCCCCUUGCUGUGCGCGUACCCCGGCCCCUGCGGGUGGACUUCCACUGGGUGCCUGGCUCAGAUCCAGGCACCUUCGACGGCUCCCCGUGGCUGCUGGACCGCUUUUUGGCCCAGCUGGGUGAUUACAUGUCCUUCCGCUUCGAUCACUACCAAGACCAGCUCAGCCGUGUCUGCGAGAUCCUCGGCCGCCUGACUGGCCGUGCCCGGGCAUGGGCAGCCCCCUACCUGGACGGGCAGCUGCCCCUGCCUAAUGAUUAUGAGCUCUUCUGCCAAGAGCUUGAGGGAAUAGUUCAUGACCCUGAGAAUAUUGCCGCGUUCCGUGCCGCCAUGCCCUGCUCCCUGCCCCCGGCCUCGAGCCAGCCGCCAGUGGCCCCGCAGCUGCCCGUGGUGAGGCAGUACUUAGCCAGGUUCGCAGAGGCCCUGGCUCUCAACAUGCGCACUCCCCCGAGGCCUGUCCCAGCAGCAUCGGCCACCCCUGCAGGACCUAGGCCUGAAUCCACACCCAGAAAUGCCCAGCAGAACAUCCCUGGGCCCACAGAGACCCCUGCACCCUCGAGUUCUGCGGGGAGCCCUGGUCCUGUUGGGGCAGCUGCCCCCCAGCCUGAGGGGGGAGCCCUCGAGGCUGCUUGCCCUAUACUCUCAGAAUCUGUGAGGCCACAUGCCCAGAAGGAGGACCUAGCGUGUGCAGGGGCUCCAGAGCCCCAGAAAACAGAGGAAGGGGUAACUGAGACCCAGGGAGGCCAGGAGGUGUCCUCGGACGCCCCCCAGGGAGUACUGGAGACCCCAGGAGAGCCAUCAUUUUCUCCUGUCCCAUCCCCUACAUCCCUGGGUUCUCAACCUGACCCAGACAGUUGUGAUGAAGUGGCCUGUGCGUCCGGAGAGGCCCGUGACCCCCAUUUGGGGCACAGUGACCUCCCCACGGGGCCAGGUGACCUCAAAGAGGGGUGAGGGUAUGUGCUUAUUCAGGACCCUUCCCUGCCUGAGUGCAGGCAAUUUUCCCUGCCUUGGGGGCUGCCUUUUGC